UUUUAUUUUGAAAGAGCCAGUACCAGGAACGACGUGCGGAACGUUAGUUUAGUGUUGUUGCUUGUUAGUGUUGCUUCAAGCCACGCUUCCUGUAUAUAGUUUGUAAAAUUCUUCCGUCUUGUAUGUCCUUGGACCACUAGAAGCCCACCAUGAGCGUUGGGACCUGGAGCCCGAGAGCCAUCCUCCUCUUGGGAAUCUGUCACAGCGCCACGAGAACCUUAGCCUCCACUCCAGAGCUGCAUGUGCCACCCACCAACAUUGCUGUGGUGGGAGCAGGUAUCGGCGGCGCGGCCGCAGCUUUCUACCUGAGACAGGAGUUUGGACCCACGGUCAAGAUAGACGUAUUUGAACCCGCCGAUGUCGGCGGGCGACUGGCGACGGUGGAGAUGGCAAAUCAGGAAUAUGAGACGGGAGGUGUGGUGAUCCAUCCCCUCAACCUCCACAUGAAGUACUUCGUUGACAAAUUGGGCAUCUCUGUGCGUCAGGACGUCCUGUCGAAAAAGGCAGUCUUCGACGGCAGCGAGCUCACUUUCGAGGAGAGCGACUGGUUCAUUGUAAACUUCUUGCGCAUGCUGUGGCGCUAUGGGCUCAACUAUCUGUUCAUGCAGAUGUGGGUGGAGAGUGUCAUGGAUAAAUUCAUGAGAAUCUACCAGUACCAGCAGUACGCUUACUCCUUCACGAGCAUGGAGAGGCUCCUGCAUGCCAUGGGCGGGGAUGACUUCCUCAGCCUGAUGAAUCACACGCUGGAGGAAACCAUGAGGGCCGAAGGAUUUGCGCAGGUCUUCCUCAAUGACGUGGUGGCUCCCCUGACACGCCUGACUUAUGGCCAAAGUGUCCGCAUCAACGGCCUCGCGGGGGCUGUGUCACUGGCGGGAGCUGACUCGGGCCUGUGGGCGGUCGAUGGAGGCAACAAAAGAGUUUGCUCUGGACUUUUUUACCACAGCAAGAGUGAACUCAUCCGAGCCAGGGUGACCGACAUUUCGUUCAAAGUUCGCCCGUCCAAGACAGGGCCCUCCACCGGCUUCUAUGAGGUCAGUUACGUCGGAGAGACUGGCGCGGGGCACUCGAUGUAUGACAUUGUUGUCAUAGCAACCCCUCUUCAUCAGGGCAAGUCUGACAUCUCCUUCUCAGGUUUGUCUUCACCAAUGGUGUCCCAGUUCCCCGGCAUCUACCACCAGGUUUUUUCAAUUCUGGUCCACGGCGUUCUCAACACAUCCUACCUGGGAGUCACGCGGCCGGCCUCCGAGUUCACGGUGUCGGAGGUUCUCACCGCAGACUCCAAAGACAACGUCAUGUACAGUUUGACUUCCGUCGACCCGGUUCACAUCCCGCCCGGCUACAGCCGACCUCCCGCCAGCCACAGCAAAGUAUGGAAAGUGUUUUCUCCUCGAGCGCUGGACCAGGAGGACCUCCGACGUAUGUUCCUCUCGUGGGAUUCGGUGUCGCAGACUCCGUGGCUGGCCUACCCCGCUUACCGCACCCCGCAGCGCCAGACCCCGCCCUUCAUCUUGCACAGCCGACUCUAUUAUCUCAGCGCCGUGGAGUGGGCGGCCAGCUCCAUGGAGAUGAGCGCCAUCUCAGCCAGGAACGUGGCGCUGCUGGCCCACCACCGCUGGCACAAGCAGACGGGCCGGAUCGACCAGGAGGACCUGCACACGCGCCUGCGGGGGGAGCUCUGAAGCGCGCAGGUCCGGUCCAAAAAGAUCAGGUAUUUGGGUUCUAUCAGGGUAAGCGCAGCUGUCGCUUCCAGAUGAACUGCUAGUCUGCAGAGAGUCUCACACAAAGUACGGCUCCGUUCUUUCAUCAGGUUCGCCACGCUUUUACAUUUUCAGGAGUCCUGUAGUAGUUGUUGCAUUAAUUUCCUCAAAUUGGCUAACUCAGCGAGUCAUUUCUAUUUUUUCAUUAAAUAAUUGAUGUAUUGUAAUAAAAUACAAAACUACUGGUAAAAUAAACCAUUUCUGAUUGUAACUUUAACUUUUUAUUUUAUUUAUCUUGUUAAAUGAUUGGGUGGAAAGAUAGGUGAGUGGUUAGCACAUCCGCUUCACAGUUCUGAGGUUGGGAGUUUGAAUCCAGGCUCUGGCCUUCCUGUACGGUUGUAGCAUGUUCUCCCUGGGCAGUCAGCUGGGAUAGGCUCCAGCACACUUGCGACCCUGGUGAAGAUGAGCGGGAUCAAUUGAAUUAUUUUACACAUUUUACAUACGCUUUUUAUUUGAAUUAAUUAAUUUUAUUUUAUUUUCCAACCAUUUGUUUUCGAAAUAAAAUGAGCAAAAAAGCUAGCCCACCCCUGAGCACACACAACGUGACUCUCGGGCCGCAAAAACAUUCACUUGAUGUAAAACGACCUCAUACGUUUAAAAAAAAUAAAUAAAUCAUGGUUUAGGAAUAAAUUUAAGUCGAAAUGAUCUGUUCCGUUGUUAAAGUCUAACCACAAAACGUUUAUUAGGUUUACAGGAAAUGUUUUAAGUUACUUUUUGACCUUGCAUACAACUGUUAAUGGGGGGAAAUGUAAAAGCAAUGAAAUACUUCUGGCCAUAGAUGGACCUCACCCCAUCCAAAAGUCAUUGUCCAUCCAUCCAAUUGCCUAUAGCGCUUGCCAGCCAAUCAUAGGGCGCAUACACUCAAACAUUCACGCUCACAUUCAACCUAUAGACAAUUGACAGUCUUUGAUGAACCUGCCAUGCAUGUUUUUGGAAUGUGGGAGGAAGCUGGAGUACCUGGAGUAAACCCACACGAGCACAGGGAGAGCAUGAAAACUCCACACAGAAAGACCGGAUCCAAGAUUCGAACCCCGAAGCUCAGAACUGUGAGGCAGACAUGACGUGCUAACCACCAAAGUGCUGCCCUAAUAAGUCAAUGGCUUUUUUUGACGACCCGAGCGGCUGCUCACAGCUCAUAACUAUUUUUCUCGACUUUUCCGACCCCUUUCGAAAAUCGCAAGUAGUAACAAAUCUAGUGAAUUGUAGUAAUCACGGAGACUUCAACUUUUUGUGUGUCGUACUUGUGCCAGUUCAUCAAGUACGCCUACACAAACUAAUUUGAUUAGAACAGUAUGAUCCAAUACAAGAGUUGUUUCUGAGAUUCUGCCUUCAUAUCGAUAAUAAUGGUCAGUAUUGAUUGAGAGACAUUUAUUUCAUGUAGAUUAUUGUGGUUGUUGUUUACAUCGAUGUCAAAGUGUUCGACAUCACUACUACUGAGGGGUGUUGCUAUUUACACUCAGCUUGGAUUGGAUUGUGCAUGUAUCACUAUGUAAUGUAAGAUAAUUGCGCUUAUUGUCCCCGUUGCUCUUAAGUCUGCAUAACUCUUUGUACUUGUAAUUGUUUAAGUGUUUGUUAAUGAUAGAAUCUUCCUUGGUCCCACCUCCUGAACAGACUCUUAUUGAGUUCUUUUUGGACAUGAAAAAGGGUAAAGAUACAAAUGUUUCAAAAGAUCUUUGAUAAUACUAUUAGGAGAACAACCAUGCUGGUAUAACUCGAAUCCUGCUACCAGGGACCAUCAUAAGGGAGGAAAAUGUUUGAAAUGGGUCAGAUUUGAUUAUUUCAUACAUGCCAUUUUGUACUUUUUAUUUUUACGUAUUGGCAACUAUAUUUUGAAAUAGAACCAUGUCCUAAAGUACGUUCAAAGGGGCUAAUCGUGCGCUUUAAUUGACAGAAUCAAACAGACAAGAAAUCAAACAGAAUCCAAGAAAUCAAACAUUUGGGAGCACAACUUAGUUUUUAGUUUCUUUUUUUGUUUAUUUGAAAGGAUAAGCGGUCAAGAAGAUGGAUGGAUGGAUGACACUGUUUAUGAUUGAAAUAUUUUCUACUGUGAUUUUGUGUUUCGUAAUAAUCAUUGCGCAACGUCCCUUGUACUGAUGUGUCUAAAUGGAUGUAUUUUGUGCCUGAGCGGCAUUGUGAGCCGUCACUCAUCAGCCAAAUGAAAUCUGAAUUCUUCUUCUUAUUUUUAAAGGAAAUAAACAUUGUCUUCACUUGUCAA